CAUGUGGAGUGGCUGAAGAUUGUUUUGCAAAGGUUCCCCUGCGAGUCGAUACAAAACGUUCAGUAUAACAGUGCAAGAUAGGUAUCCAGUGAUUAUCUCUGACGAUGGACCAUGUUCGUCUGGCCGUUCUGAUCACAUCUAUGCUGUCGAGUUUAAUCUACUGCCAAAUUGCACAUGAUUUUAGCGAACUUCCCGAGAAAGUCAGAUUCAUGCUGGGCAACACUACAAAGCUGUUAAAUUCCACGGAACGCUUGGUCCUAUCUUAUGGUCUCGGUGGACCAAUGAGAGACUACCGCUUGUGUUGGACAUCCCAAAAGAAUGAAAAUACAAGCCUUGGAAUUCACCACGAGAUACACUUCAUGACGAAUGAGACUGCACAGCCUGGCAGUAAUUUUACCGAAGUGAGGCUGCAAAGUGUAUACUACGUGGCACCACAAAACAAAACUCCGACGGUUCUGCUGCGAGUUCAUGGUGGAUUGGCAGCAACAGAACUAGACGAUGAUUAUGCCCUUCUUGCGGGUAACCCCAACUGUUUUGUUAUGGGGGUGACAAGACAAACUCCAACAAAACACCAAAAGAAAUGCCUCUUCUGGAUGCGUGAAAGUGCCCCAUGGAGGGAAUGCCAGGAAUGCGAUCAGGCGUUCUACGAUAACUGCAGCAGUCUAGUUGGUGUCUUCUAUUCCGUGCGAAAAUACUGGAACAAUUGCAAUUUCAGCCGCCCCCACCACCAUUCUGCAAUUUAAUCCUCCUAGGAGCCCAGAUUGCUUCAUGACACAAAAUUUUCAAUUUGUAUGUAAUAAAAAAGCCCGCUUUUGUCACUAC